GAUCAGCUGAUGGCGUAAACACACGAUCAUGGCCUCUUACAUGUGUAUUCGCAGGACGUGGGGCGUUUUAAGAUAUUUUAAGACGGUUUCCUUUAUUAGUUUCAAUCAGAUCUCGUACAGAUCCCUUUCUCAGGUGAAAAGAAAACCGUGCCGGAGGUUUUUAAUGACUAGUCCAGUCUCCUACCAUGGCAGUUAUGAAUAUCAAGACCCAAAAUCUGAAGAAGAAGUGGUUAACGUCACUUUCAUUGACCGCAGUGGAAAUAAGGUCCCAGUGAGAGGGAAAAUCGGAGACAACAUCCUUUACCUUGCUCACAGAUAUGGAAUUGAACUGGAAGGUGCAUGUGAAGCAUCAUUAGCAUGCAGUACUUGUCAUGUUUAUGUAGGUGACAGUUACACUGACCUACUACCAGAACCAGUUGAAGAAGAAGAGGACAUGCUAGAUUUAGCAGUAUUUCUAAGAGACAAUUCUAGACUUGGUUGCCAGAUUAUUCUCACAAAAGAACUAGAUGGAAUUACACUGACUCUACCUCAGGCAACAAGAAAUUUCUAUGUGGAUGGACAUGUUCCAAAGCCACAUUAGUACGAGAAACAUUUGAAAACAUAUAUAAGACUGCGAAAUAAAGUUCAUUCGGAUGUUUGCAGAGGUGAAGAAAUAUGUGGUGCUGAGCAAAGAAUCUUUAUGAUAUAUACUUCAGAAUUACUUCAGGUAUGAGGUGGAUUUCAAGAUUUGUGCAUAAAAUGAGGUAGGGAGAGCAAGGUCAAGGGAUAUGGGUAUAUUGAUACAGAAAAUAAACUUUGUUUGGUUAUAUUUUCUUCUUUUGACAGUUACUUCUAUACCGUCCUCUUUUAAUCCUUAUUGGAUAAUCCCAUAAUGUGAUAUCCUGUUUGAAGAUUCUGUCAUUUUCAUAGGUUGCAUAAAUUAUUCCAUGAUUGAAAAGUCAUAGAUUCCCCAAAUUCAAACUGUGAACCUAACUUUCGCUCUCCUUCUCCUUCCUGCCAAAUUGUUGCCACUGGUAAUGUUGGAAAUACAACUUAUUCUUAAAGUAAUGUGAAAAGCACAAACAUGUAUAGAAAAUAUUCUUUCACAUCUACAAAUAUCCAGUGUAACUCACAGGACAUCUUGUAUUUGUUGGAUAUGAAAACAAAAUUGGUUUAUUAGAAUUGCAGGCCAAUUAUUGUUAAUAAUUUAAGAAAAGAAAACUCAAGAUCUUAAUUAUAAACUUCAAGUUAAAUAUUAUGUAAAUAAAAUGUAUCUUGAACAACAAACUAUAAGGUUACAUAUAUAAAAUGCAUUUUGAACAAUUGCAAAGUACAUAAAGAACUAAAUUUGCAUCAGAGUAGUAAACUAAGCUCAUGGUAUAUUGAAGUUAAAACUGUUAAUCGAUUCUUCUCAUGGAUACAUUUUCCUGAAAGACAGAACAACCAGCAAAGAUGGAAUGUCAUGAAAAUAAUUCAUACUUUAAAAGUUAGAUGUAUUAGAAAUGCAAGUGUAUGUUUUUGCCAUGUAGAAUUUCAGUUUUACAUUUUGCAAUUAUAGCUUUAAUAAAAGGCAAAGUCCAUAUCAUUCCUAUCACUGUGUAAAUGAAGUGUUGUAAAAGAAAAGAAAUCUCAGUCACUCUACUAAUUCAUAAUAAUGAAAGAUCUGGAAAGAGUAUUCUCACUCCACAGGAAUUUUGCCCUUGGACCCAUGUUGAAAUAAACAGAGUAUAGUGUGUAAUAUUUUUGUUUUGUUAUUUUUUCAUGACUUUUACUUGUAUUUGGUUUGCACAACAUACAGAAUUUAUUCAGGUGUUCAUAACGAGAUCCUGUUGUAUAAAUAGGGUAUUUAACAAAAAUUUUACCUCAGUUAUUAUAUUUCGAACUGUGCUUAUGUAUUAGCAAAGGGAAAUGUGUAUCUCUAUCAAGAAUACUCAUUUUAUAACAUCUUUUGUAAUUGUUUUAUUUAUUGCUGCAAUGUCUGUGUUCCAUUUGGGACUUUAUGAUAUACCAGCACUGUGAAUUGACUACCUAACCUAGCAUAUAAAAUUGACUGUUGUUCACAUAUUGGGUAAUGUGACUCUUUCAUGGUAGAAUGGAACUGUCUGCUGAUGUACAUACACAUAAACUUUUUAAUUCAACUGUAGAUAUUGUACUUACAGGCUGUAAUUAUUUUUUCUAAUUGCCAUUUAUCGUAACUGUGCUCAUUUCAGGAAGUAAAAAAUUAGUAAUUGUUGAUAGUAUGGCUUGUAAAUAAUUAUGGCCGGAAUAAAGAUAUUCUGUUCACA